AUGGAGUUCGGAGUCAUUCUUGGUCUAGCGCUGCUAUUCAUCUUUGUGGUUUCAGCACUGUUUCUGCGUGUAUGGACUUCACCAAAAGAAAUGGAGGUGAUUCCCGGGACCUUGGGAUGGCCUAUUGUCGGCGAGAGCUUCUCUUUCUUGUCAGACUUUUCAAGCCCAUCGGGUAUUUACAGUUUCAUGAAGAAGAGGCAGCAGAGGUACGGAAAGGUGUUCAAGUCAUUCGUCCUAGGAAGGUACACGAUAUUCAUGACUGGUAGAGAAGCAAGCAAGAUCUUGUUAACGGGAAAAGAUGGGUUGGUGAGCCUAAAUCUAUUCUACACGGGACAGCAGGUCCUUGGCCCAACCAGCUUGCUUCAGACUACAGGAGAAGAGCACAAGCGGCUUCGGAGGCUUAUAGCUGAACCGCUAUCAGUUGAUGGAUUGAAGAAGUACUUCCAGUUCAUAAACAACCUCGCAAUUGAAACAUUAGAUCAGUGGUCGGGACGGAAAAUUCUGGUCCUUGAAGAGGCCUCUACAUUUACCUUGAAAGUGAUCGGCCACAUGAUAAUGAGCUUGGAGCCCAGUGGAGAGGAGCAAGAGAAGUUCCGGGCCAACUUCAAGAUCAUCUCUUCAUCGUUUGCAUCCCUACCGUUUAAAAUACCAGGAACAGCCUUUCAUCGUGGCAUAAAGGCUCGCGAUAGGAUGUAUGACAUGUUGGACUCCGUAAUUUCCAUGAGGAGGAGCGGGAACGAGUUCCGGGAUGAUUUCCUAGAGUCCCUAAUAAUGAAACACAGCAAAGGAAUGGAUGAAAAAGCCAACGAAGAUAAGCUCACAGACAAACAAUUGAAGGACAACGUACUUACUCUUCUAGUUGCCGGGCAUGACACGACAACUGCUGCUCUGACCUGGCUCAUCAAGUUUCUUGGAGAAAAUACCGAUGUCCUCGAUCAGCUAAGGGGGGAACAUACGCGGAUUCGAGAAAGUGGGAAAGGUGGAGAGAACUUGACUUGGCCCGAAGUUAACAACAUGCCCUACACCACCAAAGUGAUAAGUGAAACUCUCAGAAGAGCAACAAUUCUACCUUGGUUCUCAAGGAAAGCUGCUCAAGAUUUCGAAAUUGAUGGCUCCAACAUCAAGAAGGGUUGGUCGGUGAACUUGGACGUGGUGUCCAUCCACCAUGACCCUGAAGUUUAUCCUAAACCCGAAGUGUUCAAUCCCCAUAGAUUUGAUGCACCCCCAAAGCCUUACACCUUUCUCGGGUUUGGGAGCGGACCUCGAAUGUGUCCUGGAAUGAACCUCGCAAAAUUAGAGAUCUCCAUCUUCAUCCAUCACCUGGUCUGCAGAUACAAAUGGAUUCCGUUGGACAAAGAUGACUCAGUUCAGCCAACGCUAGUCCGGAUGCCAAAGAAUAAGUACGCAGUCCUCGUUGAGGAGCUGUAGAUCUGGACGGCAGCACAAUAAAACACAAGUUGGAUGAUUAGCGGACUAUCUUGCAUAGGCUGCCCUUUCUUAUACUGACCAGAUAGAAAUCAUAAUUAUUGCCCCAGUCCGAUCCGAUAAUAACAAGGAUUUGUAUGUCUAAAUAAAGAGUUCCGGCUUCUGCU